AUGUUUGGAAGAAAUAGGAUGAAGCCUGUUAUCAUACCGUUCGUGCUGCUUCUGCUGUGGAUUGUAAUAGGAGCUCAAUAUACAACAACUGACUGUCCUGGGUGUUCUGAUAUGACUGGUACACCGACUAAUGAGGAACCUGUUGGAACAGAAUCUUCCAUAUAUACAGACACCUCAUCUGGAACUGACAUGGAUGAAGGCACAACGAAAAUGCCACCGGAAGCAUGA